AAUAUCCUGAUGAGGAACUUGUUGUCUCGGAGUGUGGUGGAGUUUGCACAAUCCCACCUUCACCGAAACGAUGUCCUGAGUUUCCCUUGGUGAGCAGAACUGUUGCUGGACCCCUGUAAAUGGAAGAGAAUGGAAUCCCUUUGUGGCAGCACUGCAUGAGGGCUGUCUGAGCACUGCAGAUGCUGCUCUCACCAGCACCCCAUGGCAGAUUUAGCAGAGGAGGAGAUGGAUAACCCCACGUUCAGGAGUGACACUGUGCUGUCUGAUGUCCACUUGCACGGCCCAAGCAAAAGGCACCUCAUGGUACGACUGAAUGCAGUUGGACAGCCAGUGUUCCUGUCAUAUUUCAAACUCCUUUGGAGCACAGAAGAUUUGGCAUCUGGGAAAUACGUGAGAGAAAUUACCACAGGAAGAGAACAGCAGAGCAGAAGUGGAGAUGAGCUGUGUGACAAGGACAGGAGUAACCUGAAAGAAGAAGGAGAAUUAAAUAGUGAAGGAGUGGAAGCUCUGCUGGAUGAUGAUGGAGACUUGGAAGUGGUCAGAAGGCCUCGAGGUGCCUCUGAUUUGCAAGCAGAGGAUCUUUUGAGGGAUAUAGUGUGCCCUGUAAUUCUGAUGAAAGGGAAGGAAGAUGCUUUUGAAGAUGAAGAAGAGGAGUGCACUUGCAGUGAUGUUGUUAAAAUAGAGCACACUAUGGCAACCCCCUUGGAAGAUGUUGGUAAACAGGUGUGGCGUGCUGCCUUCCUUCUGGCUGAUCACAUUCUCUUCCAAAGGGACGCCUUCAGGGGCUGCUCUGUGCUGGAGCUGGGAGGGGGCACUGGAAUUACCAGCAUUAUCAUGGCAACAGUUGCCAAGAGAGUUUAUUGCACAGAUGUUGGUGAUGAUCUCCUGGCCAUGUGUGAGCAAAAUGUUGCAUUAAACAAGCACCUGAUGGAGCCAGGAGGAGGAGAAAUUAAAGUGAAAGAAAUGGAUUGGCUGAAAGAUGAAUUCUGCACUGAUCCUGAAGCUCCUUAUAGCUGGUCUGAAGAAGAGAUUGCUGAUUUGCUUGAUCACUGUUCUGUGAUCAUGGCAGCUGAUGUGUUCUAUGAUGAUGAUCUGACAGAUGCCUUGUUCAGAACUCUGUAUAGAAUCACACACAACUUGAGAAAUUCUUGCACAGUUUACUUAGCACUGGAAAAGAGGCUGAACUUCACUUUAAGACAUAUGGAUAUCACAUGUGAAGCCUACAGUCACUUUAGAAAUACUCUAAAUGAUCUAGAGAACCUCCAAGAUGGAAAAAUGAAAUAUACAGUGGAGCACAUUAAGCCUGAUUUCUGCCAGUUCCUUGUUUAUGAAAGGAUUGAGCAGUUGGAAUUGUGGAAGAUCAUGGCUGAACACCUAACGUGACAGGCCCAUGAGGAAAGAGAAGAUCUUUACCUAAGGAGAAGGGCUGUUUUGGUGUUGUGUUAAGAUAAGGACUUUCAUCCCAAGAAAAGCCUCUUGCUGGUGGAAUUGUGUUCUCAGAAAGUAUUGCAAUGCAGUUUUGCUUUACAUUUUGGUUUUGGCACUUCGUUUCUUGGACUUGUGCAGUUGGAAGUGGUUUCUUUGAUGUUUCCAAGUACCUGCUGGAUGCCAGGCAGUGGCAGUGACACAGUGACUUGCUCUUUGGGUUGAUGACUUCACUUUUAGAGUCUAGCAAAGAAGUAUUUAACUUUUCCCAUGUGGCUGAUUUGCAGAUGUCGUGCAUUUCCCUUUUCAGUUUACACAACAUGGACACUGUUCUCAGUCUUAUCCCAGUUUCAAAUACAAAUACACAUUAUUUGUAUUUAUGGACACUUGUGAAACAAUGUUCUGGACAAGACUCUUUUGUCAUGAAUG